AUGACCUCUCUCGUUAAUCUGCAAGCCCUCGUUACUGACGUUUCCUCAGGCGUUGAUGUGCAACUUAAAGUACUCCAAACGUUGCCUUCACUAUUUCAAUGGCAUGCCGGCAGCUUGAGCGGCCAACUCCUAGCUACUACACUAGAAAUCUGUGCAACACUGCAAAAUGUGAAAACAACAGCAGUUGCCAACACCGCUGCGGCGACACUCCAGCAGCUUGUCAUAGCCGUCUUUGAUAAGGCAUCAAAAGAAGACGCUUCAUUGGGUAAGGAGACGGUGAACAUUUCAGUAGCAAAUUAUGAUGCUUUCCGCCUAUUUGAUGAUCUUUGCCGGCUCGUCGAAGGCGAAAAGCUUGAGUAUCUGAGCAUAAAAUCUUUAUCCAGAAUCUUUGUCCUGGAAUUAAUUGAAAGCAUAUUGGUCAAUAAUGCCAGGGUUUUUGCCCAUCAUCCGGAGCAUGCAUAUGUCCUCCGUUAUCGCUUGAUGCCAUUGACUGUGAGAUUUCUAUCGGAACGACACAAUUUCUCGUUCACGGUUCGUGUGGCGAGGAUACUGUUGCUGUUAUUGAAGUCACAUCUAGAUUUAUUGGCAGCGGAAUCGGAGGUGGCAUUGAGUCUGCUUAUUCACUUACUUGAUACGGAUGCUUCGCCUCCAUGGAAACGUGCCAUUUGCAUGGAAAUAUUCAAGAAUCUAUACUCAGAGCCCCGGUUAAUCAGACUCAUAUUCCGUCUGUUCGACGAGCACAAAGAGCGGAAAAGCAUUGUUAAAGAUCAUAUGGCUUGUUUGGUUCGACUUGCCGCUGAGAACCCCUCGUUGAUAGGUGUCAGUCAUCGGUCAACGGUGCCGGUAGCUCCCGAAUCGUCAGGGGGGACCAUCGAAGAACAGGUCGCCCUCGAAGCGGUUGUUUCUGCAGGUCUAAUUGGAAGUCCAUCUUCAAGCACGGAUGCAUGUGGCAUCAGUAGCCAGUGGAGUUUGCUUCGGGCCCCAUACAUUGAAACAUUGGACAAAUUGGAAGCACCAAAUCCUCCGGAAACCUACCUCUACAGCCUUGUACUCAAUUGUAUCAGCUCGUUUUCCGACAGUAUUGCUAAAUUUAUCCUUCCGUUAACUGUUACUGAAACGAAAAACAGGCGCAAACGGCAAGAGUCGAUAGCCAGUAAAGAGGAAUCGACUAUAGACAAACCAAACGUUGACCGGUCAAGAACUUCGAAAAGUUACUCUGUUCCUUUAAAUCCCCUCGAUUUUGAAUCCCAUCCUCAAGUUGAAGAUGUUAAAAGUAUUGCAGAAAUGAUUGACGCCUGCUGGCCCGCUGUCCUUGCUACCUCGUCUACAUUUUUAUAUGCUGCCUUGGAUAACGAAUUUUAUCACAAUCUGGUCCGAGCGUUUCAAAGACUAGCUCAUGUUGCAGGGCUUCUGAGAUUAAAAACCCCAAGAGACGCUUUCCUUACCACUCUCAGCAAAGCCGCAGUUCCCGCAGAUAUGCUAAACUCUUCAACGAUUGCAACACUGCCCUCGAAGCCCGAGGACCACCUUUUAUCUGCUCCUGCAUCUCCCGUUCCGAAGUCUCCGAGUAUGUCUGAGCUAGUGCAUCCUUCCACUGAAAAUCAACGUGCAACUCUCAAUACACGGAAUCUUUUAUGCUUGCGGGCGUUGUUGAAUUUGGGAAUUGCUUUGGGUCCAACGCUAGAUUCGAUGUCUUGGUCCAUUAUCCUGGAAACCCUACAACAUGCAGAUGUGAUAAUCAGCACAUCGUCAACAUCAAGUCUUAAACCCAGCCAUUCUAGCCAGUCUAGUGACAAGAGUUCUGCACCUAAUAUUGAGUCGCUGAAAGAGAAUUUUGGUAAUGAGAUCUACGCCGUUCGAGCGGCGGCUUCCAAAAUGUUUGAAAACUCACAAGAUUACCCUAACGCAUCGUUAAAAAUAUUUUUAAUCACCAUUCUUAGUCUAUCAGACAUCACAGAAGCAUACAAAUGGAGCGAGAUUGGGAAAGCUGCCUCUACAUCACCUGCUCCAAUAGGUCAACCUGGGCGACUUCAUCCAAGCAAACGCAGCACUUCCAUUGCCUUAAGUCGAUCCAGGAUACAAGAAAACGAAUUGACCUUUGUGUUACAGAGAACGGGUGAAUUACUAAAAUCCAAUACCGAGAGGCUUUCCAUGGCCGUCGACGAUGAAGGAAUUUGGGACAUCCUGGUCACCAACUUGAUUGCGAUAAUUCAGAACGGGCAAAUUAACCUUACUCACCGCUCAAAGGCGAGCGAAGUGCUCAACGCUCUGGUGCUCGACACAGUCAAGAUUGGAGAAUCUAUAGAGCCUUCAAGCCGAAACCAAAUUCAACUUCGAGGGUUCCAUGCGCUGAUGGCCCAGAUAUCCGGACUUUACGGGCCAGAGCGUCGCCCCAACUCAAUAACACGUGCUGCUGAUUUUCAAGUGCAUGAAUUUGCCCUUGAGACCCUGAAAUCUAUGUUAGAACAAUGUGGGGAUUCGAUUACUGCUGGAUGGGACAUGGUUUUUGCUUUGAUAUCAAGUGUCUUUACUACACAAGAAUCCAAGCAUCAGAAUACUGUGCCUCUUUCGUCUACUCUACCAACUAUCAGUGAUCCUGGGACUGUACUCGCAAGAUCCUCCAAACUCGUGCGAACAGCAUACGAUUCUCUCCAGCUUGUUGCUUCAGAUUUUCUAAGUUUGCUCCCAACUUCUUGCCUUCUUGAGAUGGUAGAAACAUUUUCUUACUUUACUUCUCAAACGGAAGACUUUAACAUUUCGCUUACAACCACGACCUUCUUCUGGAAUAUUUCCGAUUUCUUGCGGGGACAGAUUGGAAAUUUCGCCAUAUCAGGUGAAAUUGAUAUUACGUCUACUGAAGAGAGUUUGGCGAAAACAGCGAGCUGUGCAGAUUCCGCUGCGUCUCGAAACGCGCUAUGGCUAUUAUUGUUGCUGAGGAUUGUACACACUGCAACUGACAGCCGAACGGAAAUACGCAAUAGUGCUAUUCAAACUCUUCUCCGAAUAUUGGAUCAUUACGGCCAACAGCUAGCAUCGGAGUCAUGGCACAUAUGCCUCAACCGGGUUCUUCUUGUGAUGGCGGAGUCCGUCGGAACGAGAUUACGAAAAGCUUUGGAGUCGACAGAAACUGGGAGUCCUGAUCGAAAGGCCUGGGUGGAGACUACCGUGCUGGUCACAAAAGGAUUGUCAAGUCUUAUCACAAAUUUUUUCGGUACUAUUUCCCACUAUUCUGAUUUUCGCCAAUCAUGGAGUCGGUUAUUGCAGUACUUUGGCGACAUUCUCAAAACGAAACUUCUGGAACUAGAUGAGGCUACGUUUGCAGGUUUUGCAGAGGUUCUUUCAUCUAUCAAAAACUGCCAGGAUGUUGGCAAAACGGCCAUAGCGGGAGCUUGGUCAGUCUGGGCUAAUAAUCCUCCAACUUCUGAAGGCCAUGAUCCAGAGGCCCCAAACCAAGAGGCCUUGCGGGCCUAUCUGAACAUGUAUAGCCAGAUCUACCGUUUACUUGGUAGUGACUUAGACAGCCGACAAAUCGUGACCGUUUUGAAAAAUCUUCAGCUAUGCGUAUGGGGAUCAAUCACCACCCGGUAUUCUUUAGAUUUGGAACGGCAAUCCGAAGUUCAGAAGACAGUUAUUGAAUGCUUAAAAGCUCUUUGCUUAGAUAAACCAAAUUCGCAAUCUGCAAUAGUCCGCUACUUAGGGCGGCUUGCGGAUAGCUCUUUGACCAGAUGGUCACCCGAGCAAGGAAAAGAAAAACCAACAUUUGUCGCAUUCUCAAAGGCUACUAUGAAACUUUUGAGCUGGUACCUUACAGAAAAGGGCAUACAAGUUGAAGUUCUAUCAGAGGACACACUUAGCGAAGCAAUCGGACAUUUAGUGAACCCGAUUCUAAAUAAAUAUGCCUGGACAGGGGAAGAUCGUGAGCCACUUCUGUGGCAAAUCGCAACCACAACUUCCCUCGAUAUUCUUCAGAUCUCAAUUCCGUCUAUUGAGACAGAAUACCAGAAUCUCGGGCGGGAAACGAUUACAAAGUUUUGGUUACCUAUCGUUGAGUUAACUCGCGGUAUUGUGUCGGUAGACGACUCAGUUGAGAACAAUGUGCCUUUGGCAACUUUAGCAGAGAAUGAGCAAUUCGAUAUUGCGGCCUUUCACCGGCUGCUCACACUGAUUGUCCCCUCUUUAGGGUCGUCUGUUAUUCCGGACAAGAUCCGCCGUGAAUUCGCCUUUAUACUCUUCAAAUCUUCGCUCGUUUAUCCACCACAGCGCACAGACCCACCCCUCGAGGAUUUGAAGCUCGAUCCUCUCCGUGAUCUGUAUCAUGUCCGCAGUGGCCGUACAGUCGACGCCUUCCAAACGCCCCGUAUCAAGCUAUCGUAUUUGCUAAUAGACACCUUGUUCAAUCUAGCCUCUGCACAUUUACCCAAAAACGAGGCUGACCCGAAGGUUCGCACUGAAUCAACUCAGUCAUACAUUUCUAUCGCCAAAUCAAUGUCACCGUUUUUGGUUUUACGUUGUGCGAUGGCAUUAAAAUCCUACGUCGCUGACCAACCUUUGCGGGGACUUAUGCCCCAACCUGCUGUUUCUCGAAAGGAGCUUUUACAUUUACUUCGGAAGCUUGAUGAAUUGAAAAGCGAGCCCGCAGCAAUUCCAGCUACUGGACUAAACGUUCGUGUUAAGCCCAGCUUAGACGAAACCGACGCAGGUAAUGACGAGGCCAAAUAUAAGAAGCAUCUUGGUUGGGUUUAUCCUCUCAUCGUUAAAGGAGUACCAGUUGCUGGGAGAGAAGGAGAUGACCGCGAACUUUUGGAAGCGUUGACGAAGAUAUUGGACUCUGUGGCCAGUUAUUUUAUCCUGGGGAUUGAUUAA